AUGAGCAACAUUGUUCCUGUUCCAACCACCCCACAAGCACAUGGUGUUCAUAAAGUAGAUCUGGGUCUCUAUUAUGAUGAAUUUGUGGGAGAGAGGUUUCAUAAAUAUUUGGUAGCCACUUCAUCGGAAGGAGUGUAUUUACGGAAAGACAUGAUGGACUCUAAUUGGACCGAAUUGUGGUUGCCAUUUGAAUCUUCCGAUGUAUAUUUAGGAAAUAAGACAAUUUGUUUUCGAACAGCACGAAACAAAUUGAUUCUGAAUUCUGCUUUCCAUGUCAAUGAAAGUCUGCGAGCCGUUCUCAAGGAAUCUAAAAUUUCAAAUCCGGAAUUUGUGUUGAUCGACGAAUUCAAAUUAGUGGAUUAUUGUUAUGAAAAGUUUGACAUCCCCGAUACAGUCAUGAGAUCGUAUGAAUAUAACAAGAUCACUUGUGAUUCACUUCAUCUGUAUAUUGAAAUGAGCAAUGGUUUGUUGAUUUGUUUGUCAUCCUCCCAAAAUGCUCCUGGAGUGAAAGUAAACACAGAUUUCAUGUCUCAUAAUGAACGAAUAAUGUUCAUUGAAGGAGCUUCACAAUCUGAGAAGGUCAUGAUUGUGACAACCAGCAACAAGAUUUAUGGCUAUCACUUUCAAACUCUGAAACUGUUGAAUCGUGAUGAAAUUACCUCUUCAAUCACAAGUUUGGUUGUGAGCCCAGUUUGUGCAUUUGUAACCACACAAGACAACAAACUCUAUGUGAUUGGUGACGAUUCCAAUGGGUCUACAGGAGGUGUACAACAAGCUCGUGAAAAAUUCUUGCCCACUCUGAUUCAAUUUAAAGAGAAAAUUGUUCAAGUGAAGUGUGGAUACAUUCAUUCAUUGAUACUUUUGGAUAGUGGAGAGGUCUACGCCACGGGAUAUAAUGAUCUCAAACAGUGUUGCAUAUCAGAUCCUCCACAUAUUUUUACAAAAACAGAACUCGUCUUGAGAGAGAAAGACCAUCCAAGAAGUUUACAAUGCUCUUCUCGUGGAAGCGUUUUUCUGACUGAUACUGAGGCAAUAUUUGUUGGGGAAGUGGUUCAUAAAUUUCAGACAUAUUCAAAUUAUCAAUUACGAGUUCCACUUGGAGCAGAGUUCAACGACGUUCGGGGAGGUGGUUGGCAAUAUGUUGUUUUCAAGAGUUGUGCUCAUCCCUCUAAAAUGCUUAAUUUCUUUUGGAGCAGCUUGAAACAACGUGCCAAUGACAAGGAACAAAAAUUUCAUGAUAUCCUCUUUGAAUAUUUGUAA